UCGGGGAUCCGCGCCGGCCAUGGAGCCCUCGCCCAAAGACGGCGAGAGCGCGGCGGCCGCCGAGCCCGGCCGGGGCGGCACGGCCCCUUCCAGCGGGGUGGUGGUGCAGGUCCGGGAGAAGAAGGGCCCCCUGCGCGCCGCCAUCCCCUACAUGCCGUUCCCGGUGGCCGUCAUCUGCCUCUUCCUCAACACCUUCGUGCCGGGGCUGGGGACGUUCGUGUCGGCGUUCACCGUGCUGUGCGGGGCGCGCACCGACCUCCCCGACCGGCACAUGUGCUGUGUCUUCUGGCUGAACAUCGCUGCUGCUCUCAUCCAGAUCCUGACGGCCAUCGUGAUGGUGGGCUGGAUCAUGAGCAUAUUUUGGGGGAUGGACAUGGUCAUUCUUGCAAGCUACAAGGAACAGGGGAUCCCACAGCAGCUGUAGUGGCUGGGACAAGUAUGGUCAGAGAAACACGGCGACAGAUUUCCUUUGGCAGCCGUGGGCCACGGACCUUUUCAUUACCCUUUGUCUCUCUUCUUCUCCCUUUUGUUUUGUUUGCCUGUGUUUGCCCRCUUCCCCUGCCCUUCCAGCGGAGCGGAGAUGCAGAGCAGCCGGCGCAAACUUGCACUGAUGCCCCCGAGCUGCGGAGAUGAGGCAAGCACGGCUUGGCUUAGGACUGGUCCCGGCCAGCAGGCGGUGGGCGACCGACGAGGAGGACGAGGGUGCCAGGACAAGGAAACGCCCUUGGUGAAGGUGGCACCUGGGCAAGCAGCUGAACCGAGGGAGUGGGAGAUGCUGCUCUCUCUCUCCUCCCAGGGAAGGUCGCUGAAGACGUUUUGCCUCCUUUUUCUGCUCGCUGUUAAAGGACACUGGCUAUGAACACCAAAUGCCAAGGAGCUAUUCGCAGAUACAUGUGCAGGAUGUAAAAGCAAACCAGUGGUACUUUUUUCCCACCCCGAGAUUCCAUCCUUGACUGCUCUCCAGCAGUGGAGGGUUCCCCCAGCCCCUUCUGCUGUCURUGUAUAUAUGAUGUUCACCGAAGCUCUGUCCCCACAGAUGUCUUGAGAAACGUGCUUGCUGUAAAUGGUAUUGUACCGCUGAAGUGACAGGGGCCAUCCCCUGCUUCCAUCCGCUGCCACCGUGCAAAGACCGGAGCUCCCACCAGCCCGGGGGGCACUUUUCCUAGCACAGCACUGGUGUCCUGCAGCACCUCGCCUCUAGGGCGGCCAGUACAGCCCUGUGCUGCCAAAAGCCUCUCGUAUAAAACAAUACUGGGGGAGCCAAAGGAUGAGACUUUUCCUGCCCCUGAAAGGGCCUUGCUGGCAGUGUCUCCAUGCUUUGGAAACGGACCCCAUUGGAGUGUGCCGAGUGCUCCUGGCUGAAGCAGCGUCCCAGCUUGGCUUCCCCGGGGUAAAAUUAACCAGCCAGUGCUUUCACACCUCUUUCUGAAGCACCGMAGAGGGGACAACAGCUUCACCUCCACCAGGGCUGGAUAACUAACUCCCCUCCAUCUUUUGGGAGCUGUGCCAUGACCGCUGCUGCCAACCAGCCCUGCCUUCUCACCAGCACAGCCAGAGGUUACAGCCCGGAUCCCUUCAUCUGGUCCAGAGUGCAUGGCACAUGGCUAUCCCAGCACCAUCACCUGCUUUAUCAAUGUACAUGUUUGACAUGCAAGUGUCACAGCUAAAGAGUGAUAGUGGGUAACGAGGAAUAAACGCUGUUGUUUCACCCCCAUCUGCCAGCAACACAGAAUGUUCUGCUGCUCCUUUCUGAUUGUGAAAACCAGGUUCAUAAAAAAAAAAAAAAAAGGGCUUUAAUGAAAUAGUCUCUUGGUACUUGAACCCAGCUGGGCUGAACAAUUGAUUCACUACUCAUUGGAAAGCAGUUCCAGGUAGGAACCAACCCAAAUGUGUAGCCAGUGAAAAACCAGCUUUAUUGUGAAUCGGCCCAAGCAUUGCAACGCAGAGCACAGUAACACUUUUUCCAAGUUCAUUGGGGUUGCCAAAUCCAUAUUUACCAUGGAAAAGGUGCUUUGGCAGGUGACCCCCACCCUCCCAGCCCUUUGCCCGGUUUGCCAUACUUGCUGCAGGGGCUUGGCAUCGCUCUCAGCCGUGGCAAUCACAGCCAGGCAGGUCAGUGGGGCUUUGUGGCAGGAGCAGCUCUGCACACACUGCCAUGGGGUCAGGAAUGUUAGAUGUGAGAGCUGACUCUAUCUGUGCCACAUCCCUUGCUUCCCAUAAAAAAAACUGCCUGCCCCUUCCCAGUGCACUGACUGUCACACAUUUUACUACAGACUUUCCAGUUCCUUGUCAUAAUCUUGCCAUGAAUACUGAGCUGAGCUCUGAGGACAGGAAGCUGGAGAGUCACAGUCCCAGUAUUCUCCAGGUUAUGUUCCACCCCAGCCUUGCCUCCUGCUUCUUCUGGGUUGACCCUGCAGUUCACACACAUGCACACACUCCAGACAGGGUGCAUUUUAUUGCUACCCAGCCCAAACUGCACUCACUGCAAAACACCGCCGAGAGUUUUCCUUGACACCUAAAGCCCAGGUACAAGGAGACCCAUGGGCUUGGUUAGAUCUGACAUUCCUCCCAGGAAAAAGCAAUGUCUUCUCACUACUCAUUGCUAACCACAGUGUGGCAACACAGCCCUGUAUUUUCCAGCUUACUUUGCUUCACGCUCACACACACGAUGCACUUCAAAGAAUUGCAGAAAUUUAUUUCCCAAACUGACACUCAGCAUUCCCAUCCCUCUGUGGGAGCAGCAUGCUGCAAAACCCCAGGUCACCAGUGGCAGCAACUGCACCAGGGUUAAUUACAGUGAAUGCCACCAGAGCUCAUGUCACUCACAAACCAUCCUUAUUACUGUUGCUAUCUGUAUAAAUAACUAAAAWUCGGGCUAAAAUUCAAGUUCUGCUUCUCUUGCACCCACUCACUGGCCACAGGGAAGCAACAAUGCCCUGUUCCCACUGCUGCAAUGGUGCAGUGGGAAGUGAAGGCUUCAUUUAGGCUCUAGGAAUGGMAAGGCCAGAGUAGCUGACUCCAUCUUCCAGCUCUAAGAAUGCUUCCAGCAGGCAGGUGAAGGGGAAUGGCACAUCUUGGCUUGGGAUCAAAACAAGGAYUCACCUCCACCAGCACAGCCUGGAGGUGAUGGCAGUGCUCCCCCAAACACCCAGCAGGUGACCCCACCCUGACCCACACCCUCCUUCACUCAUCACACACAGACAUGGGCGCUGUUCCCGAGGCUGGGAGGGGAUCGCUGGCUCAAAUCCGUGUUCUCUUUGGUUUUGGCCAURCACGGGUGCAUCGGAUUUUUUCACCCUAGGAAGGAGGGAGCAGUGCCCUGCCAAGCUGUGCCAUUUGCACCUUGCUGGUGAGCCCACCUUUCGUUUCAUACUGGAGCCCAAAYGGAGGGGUUGCAGAGGACCAUUUGUAUGCCUAUUUAUAUCACCAAGUGUUGGAUUGUGACUUCUUGUGUUUUGAUACUGUGGAUAUUUUUUUUUAAAGUUAAAUAUAYUCUAUUGCUGGACA